CUUCAAUUCGGGAGGAAAAUAAAAAAAAUUUAAAUAAAGAAAAGGAAAACCCCAAAUCCGAAAUCUUUGGAACCCUAAUGCCAAAAUCAAUCUACUCCAUCUCCUGUCCCAAUUUGCCUGCCUUGUUGACUCGUUAAACUUAAACCCCUUCUCUCUCUCACUCAAGACUCAGACACUAUUUAUCAAUAAUCCAAAAGAUGAUGCAAGCCAAGUCCUCUGCUUUGAUAUAACUGUUUAUGGAGAAAUCCCAAUCCAGUAAAACCCAACUCCCCAAACUCAAAUCAGCCGAAUCGGACCCAAACCCAUCUCAAAAAUCCGACUUCCCCCAAACCCAUCUCGCCAAGCACCGAUUUUGCUCCUCCCAUGGCCACCGACGCCACGCCCAAGUUCAAAAACCCAGAUUUUCGCCCGAUUUCUCAGCCCCAAGACUACCGGCAGGACGCUACCAUUUCGGCCCACGACGGCCUCCACUUCUGGCAGUUCAUGAUCGCCGGCUCCAUCGCCGGCAUGGUCGAACACAUGGCCAUGUUCCCAGUGGACACCAUAAAAACCCAUAUGCAAGCUCUCGGGUCCUGCCCGAUUAAGUCGGUCGGAGUCCGGCAGGCCCUCGGAUCCAUUUUAAAGUCCGAGGGGCCCGCCGGACUCUACCGUGGCAUUGGAGCCAUGGGGCUCGGAGCCGGCCCGGCACACGCCGUCUACUUCUCCGUCUAUGAGAUGAGCAAGAAGUUUUUUUCGGGCGGGAACCCGAACAACCCGGGUGCCCAUGCGAUUUCGGGCGUUUUUGCUACGGUGGCGAGCGACGCCGUUUUUACCCCAAUGGACAUGGUGAAGCAGAGGCUGCAGUUGGGGAACAAUCUUCACAGUCCGUACAAUGGAGUGUGGGAUUGUGUGCGGAAGGUGUUCAGGGAAGAUGGGGUGAGGGCGUUUUAUGCGUCGUACAGGACGACGGUGCUGAUGAAUGCCCCGUUUACGGCGGUGCAUUUUGCGACGUAUGAGGCGGUGAAGAGGGGCUUGAUGGAGAUUUCACCCGAGCAUGCGAACGACGAGCGUUUGAUUGUUCAUGCUACUGCUGGUGCUGCAGCUGGUGGCUUGGCCUCUAUGGUCACUACGCCGCUGGAUGUGGUCAAAACUCAAUUGCAGUGUCAGGGAAUUUGCGGUUGUGACAGAUUUAAAAGUGGUUCGAUUAGAGACGUUUUUCGGACAAUAGUGAGAAAGGAUGGAUACAAAGGUCUUGUGAGGGGAUGGGCUCCAAGAAUGCUCUUCCAUGCCCCAGCUGCUGCUAUCUGCUGGUCCACAUAUGAAGCCUCAAAAACCUUCUUCCAAGAACUCAAUGGUAGUAGUAGUAAUAGUGGCACUAUAACCUGAAGAGCCUUUAAAGACAAAGGAGAUUUUCUAUUGCAUUAGGUAUACCUUUGUAUAAUUGAGAAAUCAGAGUUUGCUUCACACGACGGAUGAGUAAGCAAGUCGAUCAGAAUUUUUCGGACCUGACUGGAGUCUAUUUUUUAUAGACAGUGUCGUAGUCAGCGAGUUAGAUUCAUUGGUGCAGGUUAAUUUUUUGUAUUGUACACAUUGUUGUCUUUCAAUCAAUCCUUUUUUGCCCCCCAGUGUUUGUUCUAGUAAUCAUAGAAAUAAGUGUUCUUCUUGUUUUUCCAUUAGAAUCUCUGUUACAUGAAACCCUGUUUGAGUAUUUUUCA